AUGGCAGUCAAACAGCACGUUAAUGAGGUGGACGAGCGCUCUGAAGUGCAGCCUGUAGAUCUGGAGCAAAUAAUACAGACUAUAAAACUUAUCCGACAAAACCGAAGUCAUUUGCUUGUUGGAUCUAAUCUUGUCAACUUAUUUGAAACCAUAGUACACUGCUUAGCUCAUGUGCACAACCCAAGGGAAACUGGGUUAUCAAGAUUUCUAGAAAAUGUCAAUCUAGUUCAACCGAACAUUGUGCCUGGAGCUGUAUCUUGGCUUUUGAGAGAAAAUCCUGGGGAUGAUGAAACAUUAUUAAGAAUAUUACGCAGAUUGUUUAUGUGGCUCCGGUAUUGUAAUUACACACCAUGUUUGACCGAGUGGACCAUUACAUUUAUGAAGGGGUUGCAGGAAGAAGGCAGAUGGGAUUUAUGCUUGCAGCCAGCAGUUUUGUGCCAAUUGACCAGGCAAAGAUUGAUUGAUAUAAUAACAGCUUUAUUAGAAGUAUUUCCAAAUGAAAUUGAAGGCCAUAAGGAUGUUGUGAAUUUUGUACAUAAUGUUGGCCCUUCCGCUGAUUAUAGAAGGGUCUUAAAAUGCAAUGCAUCUAUGAGUAUUGUAAGAAUGUCCACACCCGGUUCAAGCAAAGUUGGAUUGAAUAACUUAGGAAAUACUUGUUACAUGAAUAGUGUUCUUCAAUCAUUAUUUAUGACCAGACAAUUUUACAAGCAAGUUAUCUUAUCGAGUGGUGGUAAACGUGGGAUUGUAAUGAAGCAAUUGGCUCAUUUAUUUGCUUUAUUAAGUUACUCAAAUCGUCCUUAAGUAUUUCCAAAUGAAAUUGAAGGCCAUAAGGAUGUUGUGAAUUUUGUACAUAAUGUUGGCCCUUCCGCUGAUUAUAGAAGGGUCUUAAAAUGCAAUGCAUCUAUGAGUAUUGUAAGAAUGUCCACACCCGGUUCAAGCAAAGUUGGAUUGAAUAACUUAGGAAAUACUUGUUACAUGAAUAGUGUUCUUCAAUCAUUAUUUAUGACCAGACAAUUUUACAAGCAAGUUAUCUUAUCGAGUGGUGGUAAACGUGGGAUUGUAAUGAAGCAAUUGGCUCAUUUAUUUGCUUUAUUAAGUUACUCAAAUCGUCCUUAUAUUUCACCCAAAGACAUAUUGCAGAUAGCCAGACCGCCUGGGUUUACGCCAGGCCAAUACCAUGACAGCUCUGAAUUUCUUGUAUAUUUAUUAGAUACAUUGCAUGAGCAAGAAACACAGUUGAACAGAACUCUUGGCACAGAAGCGAAAGUAGCUAACACAGUUAAUACUUGUGGCAAAUUUUCACAAAAAAACAUAAAUAAAGAAGAUUUCGAUAUGGAUUCAAAACCGGACAAACCCUUAUUCAACACAGACUGCAAAACAAUCACUCAAACUUGCUUCAACGGAGAAAUGCUGACUUGUUACGAAUGCAUGGCUUGCCGCUCACGAAGCAACAACCAUGAUACAUUUAGAGACUUACAAUUAGCUUUUCCGGACAACAACACGACAUCUGGUGAAAAAUCGUACUCGGUGCAAUGGCUACUUGAUUAUUAUCUGUCGAAGGAAAAAUUACAAGGUGCGAAUAAAUAUUCUUGUGGACAAUGUAAAACGUUGUGCGAUGCCGAACGGUCUAUCACCAUUUUGGGCGCACCACAAAAUUUGAUUUUAACUCUGAAGCACUUCAGGUAUGAUGCUGUUCAGCAUGAAAGGAAGAAGUUAUCUCACAAAAUACAUCAUAAUGAAAAAGUGCAUUUGGUUGUUAUGUCAAACAAACAGCCUGUGAAAGUUUUUUAUAUGUUAUAUGCUGCAGUGGUUCACGAUGGUGUUAACAUGGACAGUGGACAUUAUUACACUUAUGCUAUGGAUAAACAUAAACAUUGGUAUAAGUUUAAUGAUAGUGUGGUAAGCAAUGCAUCGUUUAAAGAUUUGGACGAAAUGAACCCUUACAAUACUCCAUACAUAUUAUUUUAUAAAAUAAUUGGCACGCAAAGUAUUUCGGCGCAAGAGCUUAAACAAAACGGUGUUGACAGUCCCAAGAAGAUAAGAUUGGGAGAAACUAUGAUUUAUAAUGGAUUGAAAAAUAAGGACAAAGACAUGUUCAACAUGAAACAUUGUUCAGAAGAUUGCGAUAUUGACUUCGAAGAUUUACCUUUGGAUCUCCAGGAUUUGAUAAGGCGUGAUAAUAAGCGUUUCGAGGAGGAGAAUUUGUUUAAUAAAUCGAGUAAUACAAAUACUUCACUGCUUUUUGGUAAAGACAAAUCGGAUUCGGAUAACGAAGACGACUCUCCGAGCGGUUGCAGUGGAGGAUCAGGAAUUACAAGUAAUGCCAAUCGAUAUAUAUUUUAGUACUCGUUUUUAUUAAACUUAAAAUUAGUUUUCAAUAAUCCACUGUUAUUACUUUAUGAAUUAUAUAUAGUUUAAUUGUCUAAUGAUGAAAUGUAAUAUAGAAAUUUUGUAUAUGGUACUUAUAUACAGAAUCAUGUUCUUUUGUUUCACUAUAAAUACAUGCAGUAUUCUUUUUAUUCACUUAUGUGUUAAAAACAUUAAUUUGUGAUCUUAAGUUUUGUU